AUGUCGACCGUCGCUCCGGCCCAAGGACCCGUGGAGGCGCGCUCGCUCUCAUCGAUCACGGCCAUCGCAUCGAAUCCCCCCGCUUACCCGCGCAAUCCCACCCACGAGAAGCUCGAUCCGUUAGAAUUGUAUAUCGUGAGGGUUCCGGGCAGUCAAGAUAUCUUUCUCUCUCCUCUGAAACCACCGACGAAAUCCAGCGUAUCCGCAGAAGCUAUCAAUGCGUCACUUUACUAUGUCCACGUCUCUACACCCGACGACGAUGCGCUAUUGCAAGAAGUGGAACAAGAACGCGAGGAAGAGGCUCAACGAAAGAGGGAAGCUUUAGAAGCCGCAGCCGAGGAUGACCCUUCACAACGCGAGUUCGUCAAGAUGAACAACGUUCGCCGGAAGCCAGUGGGAAGUAAAACAGCGGCUUCGGACCAGCCUGCCGUGUCUACACAGGAAAAUGCGACUGUCCAAGAAAACGCUGCUCCGCCACUUCCGCGUAGACCAGUUCCCAUGCCUCAAGUUUCGGCUGAGAAUAUGUCCUUCGCUGGAACUCCGGUCGCGAUUGCGCAGGCAGGUUUUGGUGCUGAAUCCGAGACGCCAUCUGCGAAUCCGAUAUUGAAACCUUCUGUCCCGCGACGACCUCUGCCUCCGCUGCCUCCUAGAGAAGAGCCGUACGGUGCGCGACCAGCCGCAGAAGAGCCCGUCAGAAAAACGAAUCGCUGGUCCAAUUUUGCUGACGGUCUCCAUGGGAAAGGCUUUGAGGCUUUGAGAGGAAAAUAUGACGCAUUGUCGGCCGGCCGCCAUAGUUUUGAUUCCAACAGACCGUCAUUGCCACCACGCUCGUCAUAUGAGCGCCCUGGGUCGGCACAUAGCUCUGGACAAUCUCCUAAUCGUCAGCGCAGACACCGCCAGGCUCCCAUGAGAAAUGCCGGAUUCAAUAUCACUCUUAUUCGCCGCGACCCCUCCUCCGGAACCCAGUGGAAUGUCGCAACGAUCUCGUCCUCGCCCGCAGACUUCAACGCAAUUGAUAUUGAAAUCUCAACUCCAGGGUACAACAGAUUCACUGGGUCCAACGAGCCCCUGUCGCUGGCUAGCCUAGGCGCUAAUCUUCCAGCAGAACUGAUUAAGGCUGCGGGGGCUUCUUUGUCGCAGCCCGUGCCUAAAGUUCAGCCCGCCGAGCAACCGGCAGGUCCGCGCAAGUUCCAUCGCCAGGUGUGCGUUUCCAAGCCGUUCGAUGAGACUGUCGGGAGUGGUCAGGGUUCUUCAGACUUCGGAAAUGGCCAUGGUCCAGACGCCUCCUCAAAGCUCAAGAGCGGUUAUUACGUCUUCAACUCGCCGUGGAAUGGCACUUGCACCUUUUCCAGCAGUGUCAAUGGUCGCAGUCUAAAAUGCAAACAUAUGAUCUCGGGACCAAGCAGCCUCCCAGUCCACGGCGAAGGCGAGGCCAAUCCAGCAGUGACCGUGGCCGAGCUCCGCUUCAACACGCCUUUCCAAGCUGCCAACCUCCGCUACCACGCUGCUCACCAACAACCUCAGCACCCCUCGUCCCAUUCCUCAUCACACCCUCAGUUCCCUCAGGAUUCCAUGUCUCAGGACCCGAUGUCAGCCUCUAAGCGCGCGUCUAUCUCCCAAUUUCUCAACCCAAACAACUACUCCCGACCCCGUGCCCACUCAGGCCCUAACUCCUCUUCUCCCACCGAGUUCCAACGGCCAAACUUCAAUCCUUCCGCCAUCAUCCGCAAAACGUCUCUCCGGGCCGGACGCUUUACCCGCCAGAACCAAUUCGCCCAUCAUCCGCGACGCAGCACGAGUACCAGCAGCGGGGGUGCGGAUUCGGACGAAGACCGACUCGAUCUCUCGCUUGCGCGCGAGCUAGCUGGCGGGGGAAUGCGCGGCAAGAGUGCUAAAUUGGGCAAACUGAUUAUCGAGGAUGAAGGUUUCAAGAUGUUGGACUUGGUCGUUGCAGCUUGCAUGGCUGUUUGGUGGCGUGGAUACUACCAUUGA